AUGGAGAAAAACAAGGAGGGUAAUUUGAAGAAGAGAAUGAUUGGGCGCAGCUAUAAACAAAGGCUAAAACAACGAGCACAACAGAGAUCCAAACACUCUGAAAAUGCUGCUAAAAAGGAGGAUCAAUCGGCUCAAGAGCAAGAACACAAGGUGGAAGAAGUAAAUGCACACAGGGUGGAUGAUCGAAGAGAGAAACAAAUUUGUUCAUCAAAGGAGAAUGACAAAAAGGUCACUGAGCCUUUUAAAGCAGAGCUUAAAGUUGACAGGACUCAUGAUGCGAAUUGUGUGGGCUCCAAACAGGAUGAUAAGAGUGGAGGUGAAUCUAAGGACUGUUCAAUAUGCAAGCAGAAAGGAAAUCUAUUAUGCUGUACUGGAAGAGGAUGUAAAAGGAACUUCCAUCUUACUUGUCUUGUCCCCCCUGUGACCUAUUUUCCACCUGGACCAUGGCACUGUUAUUGGUGUAUCAGAAAAAAGAUGAAAUUAGGUGUUCAUGCUAUAUCUGAAGGAAUAGAGUCCCUUUUGGAUGCCAGACAGCUUAGUUUGGGUGAUGAAGUGGUGCAAAAGCGGGAGUAUUUAGUGAAGUACAAAGGUCUUGCUCAUGUUCAUAAUUGCUGGAUUACAGAGGAGCAGGUGCGUCUUGAGGCUCCAAUAGCCCUUACGAGAUUCAAGAAAAAUCACAAGAGUGCAAGUUGGAAAACUGAGUGGAGUCUUCCUCAUCGUUUGCUAGACAAGAGGAAGUUAGCAGUUCUGGAUGAUGAUGCAGAUUGCCAUUAUGAGUGGCUUGUGAAAUGGACAGAUCUUGACUACAGUCAUGCCACAUGGGAAUUGGCGAAUGCUUCAUUUCUAAUGUCGCUUGAGGCAGUCAAACUCAUGACAGAUUAUGAAAUUCGUCAUCAGCAGGCUAAGAAAGAAUCACAUCCUUUGACGGAAGAUGAGAAAAGGAAAGCCAACUUUCCAGAACUACCGACGCCUUUAUUUGGAAGUGCACCUCAAGUCUAUAGCAAUCAUCUUUCUUUUAUCAACAGUCUUCGUAAAUAUUGGCAAAAGGGUCAGAGUGUUGUCAUCAUUGAUGACCAGGAACGAAUUUUGAAGGUGGUCUUAUUUCUAUUGUCCUUGCCCAAGGAUGUUGGUCUUCCUUUUCUCAUAAUCACAACUUCUGCUGCUCUUCUUCUGUGGGAAGCUGAGUUCUCACGUUGGGGUUAUGCUAACAUUGUUGUGUACAAAGGUAAUAGAGAUAUACGGGCCAUUAUUAGGACACUCGAGUUUUACAACAAACAAGGUGCCUUUUACAACAAACAAGGUGCCCUUAUGUUUCAGGUUCUCCUGUCAUGUUAUGAUGCUAUUGUUGAGGAUCUUGAAAUGCUUAGACCAAUAGGUUGGGGAGCAGUAAUUAUAGAUCAGUGUCAGGGUUCUUCCAUGUCAAUGCAUCACUCACAACUUAAAGUGCUCAUUGCUGAUAUGAGAUUACUUAUUUUUCGUCAACUAGAGGAUAGAUCUGAUAGAAGGUUCAAUCGUUGCAACAUUCUCUCUUUUCUUGAUCCGAAACAUGACGAGGCCAACAAUAAGCUGUUAGACACUGAUUCUGACAUAGAUCUAACUGAAUUCAAGGAAAGGCUUAAACACUUUGUUGCAUAUGAGUGCAAGUCCUCCGCUUCCUAGUUCAUUGAAUACAGGGUUCCUGUCAAACUCUCCAAUGAACAAAUUGAGCAAUAUUGCGCUUGCCUCUUUUCAAAUUCAGCAUGGCUUUGCUCAUGUCUGAAGAAUGACUCACCAAGCUCCCUCUGCGAUAUUCUAGUAUCUACCAGGAAUUGUUGUGAUCACCCUUACCUCGAAGAUCGAUCUCUGCAAGACGUAGUUAUGGAUGGCAUUCCUGUAGAUCAGCACUUUGAUGCUGAAAUUAAACUAAGUGGCAAAUUGGAACUCCUCAAUAAAAUUCUUCAGGAGAUCAAACAGCAAGGACAAAGAGUCCUCGUUCUUUUCCGGUCUCUUGGUGGCUCUGGUGUUAUUUCCAUUGGGGAUAUCUUGGAUGAUUUUAUUUAUCGGAAGUUUGGUGGGGAUUCUUAUACGAGCAUUAGUGGGAAUGUUACUCGUAAAAUGAAGGAAGCUACCUUGAACAAGUUCAACAAUAAGGGAGGAAGUGGGAAAUUUGUUGUUUUGAUGGAAACUCGUGCUUGUGUUCCCAGUGUCAAGCUUUCGGGAAUAGAUAUAAUUAUUUUGUUUAACAGUGACUGGGACCCAAAUAAUGAUUUAAGAUCCCUGCAGAAGAUUACAGUUUAUUCACAGUCGGAGCAUAUAAAGGUAUUACGUCUAUAUUCAUGUUUUACUGUUGAAGAGAAAGCACUAAUUCUUGCAAAGCAAGGUCUGACAAUUGACAGUAAUAUAGAGAAUAUGAAACAAGCCGCUUGCCAUGUGCUGCUAACUUGGGGUGCCUCUUAUCUUUUCAAUAUGCUUGAUUGUUUCCAUGUACAAUCUUCAAUCUCAAAGAGAUCAUCUGAAGUUGCUGCUUUAGAUGAUGUCGUUGCUGAAUGCUUAGGCUUACUGUCUAGUAACUGUGAGAACAGUGUUUAUAACAGCUGUUCAAAGAUAUUGAAAGUACAGCCGAAUGGUGGGACUUAUCCAAGUAAAAAAUCUCUACUUGGUGAACUGGAAAUGCAACAAAUGGAUGAUUCUUCUUUUGUGAGAGGAUUGCUGGAGAAUGAAUCUCCCCACGUUUUCUGGACAAAUCUGGUGCAUGGAAGGGUUCCUAGGUGGAAACACUCGCCUAGUCCAACACGAGGGAAUAGAAGGAAAGUUAGACUCCAGGGUGAUUUGAAUCAGCCAUCUAAAGGGGAACAAGUUUCUGAAAAAGAGGGCAAUAAAGUUCAUCUUACUCCAGAGCCCAAGUUAAGGAAGAAAUGGAAAUUGCAUGUCCAGGGUAAACUUGGAACAUCUCAUCUUUCUGCUGGUGAUAAGAAUAAAUGCAGGCGUCUUGCAACUAAUCGUAGUCCUCAGUGUGAUAAACCAACUAAAGACAAUCAUCAGAGCCAUGAGAUUUGUAUUAAUUCUUCCGGUCACCAGAUUUUAGAUUCCAUGAAUUGGUCAAUAGACUCUUCUAUUCAGCGGUCUAUAGGAAAUUUGCCACUGCAACAACAUGCGAGUAUUGGUGCAGUGAAUGGUACAAGUAUGAAAAGCAGAAACAGCCACGAAGAUCAAUGCCGCCCCGAUGCCUCUCCAAACACACAUCCUCAUAUGGAGAUGGAGAGGAUACAAAAGAAGAGAGAACAAAUUACGAAAUUGCAUGAAGAUGUGAAAUUGCUCCUGCAAUCUGAAUUUGAAAAAGAGCUAGAUUCAAUUAUGAAGAAGUAUGAUUUGCUGCUUCAGAUUGCUGAAAUGGAAUUAUCUCAAAAGCAAGAAGAUCUUGAUACGAUCUUCAACAAAGUGCAUGUGCAUAAGUUACUAGCCGAAGCCAUGACACAAGUACAAGAUACUGCUGAUUCAGUUGGGCCACUGGAGAUGACUGUAGAUGUUGUUGGGAGGACUAUUAACGGAUCUGGAGAAUCAUUACCAAACAGACCAAGUAGUGUCCCAGCAGUUGCUGCAUCCAUCUCAGAACCUGUCAACUCCGAGCAACGAGCUGCUGAUCCUCAAAUAUACUCUGAGAAUUUUCCAAUGGCUGCCAUUCCAUCUCUGAAUGCUGAAUUGCCUAGAGUUGAAGAGUUAGUUGUAGUUCGACGGACAAGUGCAAGGGCCACCUUGCAAACAACAUCCGCUGCUGAUCUGCCAACAAGUGGUUCACGUCUGACCCCAACACCAAACUAUCAGUCUGUCAUCCUUACACCAAGUCAACUCUCGAUCCAAACUUCGAGGUAUGCAGCGAGGCCUGGAGCAGGCUAUGUACAACGGAGACCAGCUCCACAUCUGCUACAUUUUAGACCACUGCCAAUAAUGAAUUCUUUGAAUUCCAGCCUGUUGUAGCGCUUACACCACACUUUUAGUCACCUCGUGGAAAUACCAACAAUAUAGUCCACAAUGAAGGUGAUGAAACUUCUCAUUCGAUGAUCAAAGAGGACCGAUU